AUGAAAAUCGACAAACGCUACGAUAAAAAGGAGAAAGAUGAAGAUAUUAAAAGAUUAGUGCCGAACAUUGGGAUCAUUUGUCGUGCAUUUAUAUUCACAGCAGCAACAAAUUAUUUUUUAGAUUAUUUUUUGUGUCCGAUGUCUGAAAAUCAUUCUUCUCAAAAUCAUACGGCCAAUUUGUCAUUAGAUGAGGUCAUUGAUCAGCUCACUCAACAGCUACAACAAUUAUUUGAUAAUGAUCAAAUGAAUUUGGACGAUAAAACAAAAGCCCUAAUGCCGCUCGAAAAAAAAAAUAAUCACUUAAGGCAAACUAUCAAUCGAUCAGAUCUAGACAAGCACCUAAAAUUGAAAGACAAUGAUAAGCUCGUUCGACUUAUUCGUAAAAAAAAUGAAGAUGAAGCUCGUCAUCAACGACAGCAGACAAGACGUGAACAGGAACAAGCGGAAGCGAAAAACAAACGUUUGUUGUUGAGUGCGAUUAGUGUUGGUAUAAUACUUCUCGCGGUGUUCAGAUUCAAGAAGUAGGCUAGGCUUCACUGUGGCCACUACUAUUUCGAAUACUUACUUUUUUAAAAUAUUCAUGGUCUCGACUGUAAAAAAUUUUAUUCAAAUUCGAUUGCACUACCCAUGUCAAAUUUUUUUAACGAUUUCUGCAGAUAUGUGCGAUUUUUGGCACUUUUAUGGCCACACUAGCGCAGAACCAGAAAACGCAUGGUUCUUAUAUGCGUUUUCUUGCGCUGUACUUUUAUCACGCAAAAAUAAACAAGAAAACAAUGGCUUUUUGCCUUUUAUCGCAGAAUUUCUUUUUUUGCGUUACACUGCGUGUGUUUUUUCAAUAAAAUUUUUGCGAAAUUUUUUUUGGUUUAAUAGAAAAAGCGAUGACUCAUUGGGAUCACUCAUCGAUGAGUCACCGUAAAUAGUGUAUAAUUUGAAAAAGCGGAAUAUGUGCAUCCGUGUAUUUAUAUAAAUGAUCCUUUUACAUUGAAAAUUUACUUAGAAAAUUUUUCUAAGUGACUCCUCCUAGCUUGGAGGAGACUGCGGGUAGCAGAUCGCGAUUUGCUGGCUGCAGACCUGGGGGUAAGCCACGAGGCUUGCCUGGGGUUCGAUAAUUGUCUGAGAAACUCAGAAAGUUUUAUUGUUGUAAUUACAGACAAUAAUAUUUCAUGCAUAAAAACGAUGACAUUUUCUUGCGUUUUAUCUCAAAAAUUUUUGUAUCUGCAGAAAAACGCAGAAGAAAUUCGUGCGUGUGAUGUUACGUGAGACACGGACAUUUUACGACAGAUUUUUGCAAAACAACAAAUGCGAAUUUUUGCAGUUUUUUGCGUUAAAUAUCUCCCGAAAUUUCAAGACCGUAUACCAUCUUCCAAUAAAUAAACUUUGAAAAAAAAUUUGCAAAGACUUUCAAAAAGUCUCUGGAUCGAAAGAUACGAACAAAAAACCGAAUAUCCUCCUUGUGUUCUUUCAAAACAUUUCUUUCCUAUUUCCUAUUGAAAUCAUCUCCAUCACUUGCCAAUUGUUCUCAUUCUCAUUGCGAUAUUUUUGAAGCAACUCGAGAUGAUAUACGGUAUUGUCAAAUAUCGCCCAUGCGACUUGAUAUUAUCAGCAAACGUUUUCCAUGCGAAUAAACUUUUCGCCUUUUCCUUCCAUCUCGAUUAUGUUUGUUUUUCAAACACAGAAUUACUCGAGUUCACAAUAAAAUCCCUAAAUUUUCAAAUUAGAUCACUCAUGGUUUCUACCAACCGACAAAUGCCUCAUUAUUUUAUGCAUAAAAUAAUGUAACAAAAAGUUCAUUGUCAUAGACAGUCUGUAUCACCUCAAUUCCGCCAGUUCCCCGGGGAAAUCAUGAUAGGUUCCUUCUAGGUGCCCAGUAGGAAGUGAGGAACUAUCAUCAGCAGAACUGCAUCGAUUCCUCGAUUCACCGGCUUUUUGUUCUUUUUCCAGGAAAUAUUUCUUACUAUACACUCUGUGUCACCUCAAUUCCGCCAGUUCCCCGGGGAAAUGAUGGUAGGUUCCUUCUAGGUACGUAGUGGGAACUCAGGAACUGUCGGCAGAACUGAGUCAAUUCCUCGAUUCCCCGCCUUUUCUUUCUUUUUCCAGGAAAUAUUUCAUAGUAUACAGUCGGUGUCACCUCGGUUCCGCCAGUUCACCUGGGAACCGAUGGUAGGUUCAUUCUGGGCACUUGGUAUGAACUGAUGAACUGUCGGCAGAGCUGAGUCAAUUCCUCGAUUGCCCGGCUUUUUAUUCUUUUUCCGGGAAAUAUUUCUUACUAUACACUCUGUGUCACCUCAAUUCCGCCAGUUCCCCGGGGAAAUGAUGGUAGGUUCCUUCUAGGUACGUAGUAGGAACUCAGGAACUGUCGGCAGAACUGAGUCAAUUCCUCGAUUCCCCGACUUUUUUUUCUGUUUUCAGGAAAUAUUUCUUAGUAUAUAGUCUGUGUCACCUCAAUUCCGCCAGUUCCCCCGGGGAAAUGAUGGUAGGUUCCUUCUAGGUACCCAGUAGGAGGUGGGGAACUGUCAGCAGAACUGCGUCAAUUCCUCCAUUCCCCGGCUUUUUAGUUUUUCCAGGAAAUAUUUCUUCGUAUAUAGUCUGUGUCACCUCAAUUCCGCCAGAUCCCCGGGGAAAUGAUGGUAGGUUCCUUCUAGGUACGUAGUAGGAACUCAGGAACUGUCGGCAGAACUACGUCAAUUCCUCGAUUCCCAGCCUUUUCUUUCUUUUUCCAGGAAAUAUUUCAUAGUAUACAGUCGGUGUCACCUCGGCUCGGCCAGUUCCCCUGGGAACCGAUGGUAGGUUCAUUCUGGGCACUUGGUAUGAACUGAUGAACUGUCGGCAGAACUGAGUCAAUUCCUCGAUUCCCCGGCUUUUUUUUCUUUUUCCAGAAAAUAUUUCUUACUAUACAGUCUGUGUCACCUCAAUUCCGCCAAUUCCCCGGGGAAAUGAUGCUAGGUGCCCUAUAGGUAGCCAGUAGGUGGUGCGGAACUGUCAGCAGAACUGCGUCAAUUUUCCCGGCUUUUUUUCUGUUUUCAGGAAAUAUUUCUUACUAUACACUCUGUGUGAACUCAAUUCCGCCAGUUCCCCGGGGAAAUGAUGAUCCGUGCCCUAUAGGUAGCCAGUAGGAACUCAGGAACUAUCAGCAGAACUACGUCAGUUCCUCGUUUCCGCGGCUUCUUUUCUUUUUCCAGGAAAUAUUUCUUACUAUACAGUCUGUGUCACCUCAAUUCCGCCAGUUCCCCGGGGAAAUGAUGGUAGGUGCCCUAUAGGUAGCCAGUAGGAGGUGAGGAACUGUCAGCAGAACUGCGUCAAUUCCUCCAUUCCCCGGCUUUUUAGUUUUUCCAGGAAAUAUUUCUUCGUAUAUAGUCUGUGUCACCUCAAUUCCGCCAGAUCCCCGGGGAAAUGAUGGUAGGU